AUGAUACCUUCUAUACCGAUCUAUGAACAACAAAAUGAUCGACGAUUACAAGAGCUGGAAUCCAAGGUUUCUAUGUUGAAAGAUAUUACUCUGGAUAUUCAUAAGCAAGCAUCGGAUAUGACGAUGCUUGAACAAAGUGUAAAUAAAAUAUGAAUCCAAGUAUACAAGGUUGAUAGGAAAUAUAGAGACAUGCCAUUUC